AUGGAGAGCGCGGAGAGCCGGUGGUGGAGUUGGCUGAGCCUGGGCUCCCUGCUCCUCGUUCUGUUCUCCGGCGUUGGUGAGGCCAAGUGUGAUGAUUGCGUGGAGUACUGCUGUGAAGGCACUCCACCCUUCUGCUGCUCCUACUAUGCCUAUGUGGGCGAUGUCCCUCUCGUAAGUACACAUGCGCGCGCGCACAUACACGAACACAUGCACACAUGUAUACGCACGCAAGCAAAUGCGCACGCAAAUAUAAAGCGUUUAUCGGAACACUGUCUUGAAUUUUGUUCAAAGAAAUUGGGCACGGCGAUCUCGGGCAUCGUGUUCGGCGUGGUGUUUUCAAUGGGCGCCAUGGCGGCGUUGGUCCUGUGCGUGUGCAUGUGCAUGAAGAACGGGCGCGGGGCCCGAGUCGACGUGUUCAGGACCUCCUACAUCAACAGCGUGACCCAGGGUUACCCAGGUCCCCCGCCCCCCUACAGCUACGACUACGAGAUGUACCCUCCCUCCCCGCGCCCCCCCCCCUACAACCCAACACCGGCCCGGCCCGGCAACCUACUCCCCCCCACCCCCCCUUAUCCCGGCUGUGCCCUGAGUGAACUCACCCCCCCCACCGCUGCUGCCAGCCCAAACCAAACCCCCGGCGGACAUUUUGACACUGGAUCACUGAGCGGGGUGUUGGUGUGUGUUUGGACAUCCUUCUUAUUUUGUAUUCUUUUUGGGUCGACGUGUGUGCAUCUCGUUCCCUGAAAGAAUGUGAACGUAACAUGCCUCUUUGCAUGUUUGCCCAAAGCGAUGCCAUCUACCCCAGACACACCCCUAACCCUGGGUUAGGGUGGUCUGGGGUCAGUUGGGAUUGGGGUAGUCUGGGCGACAGGACAUCUGCAGAGCGGAACCCCCGUUCGGUGUCCGUCCAGAGUUUUGGACGAUGUAGAAUGUUUUAUUGCACACGGGACUCUUAUUUGGGUCGCAGGAAAGGUCAAAGGUCGUCUGCUGUAAUCUCGCGCACGGCGGAACUUAAUAUGUGAUGCAUGAUUUUAAAGUGUCUAUCUAUUUUUUCCGAUAGUUUGUGUGACAACGUUGAAGACUCGGCGGUUGAUACUGAAUCGUUGUUUGGGUUUGUCUUACUUGAAAACAGUGUUGUGGAGCUGUGGCUGAAACGUGGAGUCGUCCACCUGACUUAUGUAAUACUUUGAAUGGUUUCUUGUAUUUACCCCCCAACAAAGUCGUAGAGAUGGGAUUUUAGACUCCUGUGUGAAUGAUCUGUGAUCCUCAUCCAGAGGACAUUGGACUGCAUACAAUUUGAAAAAAUAAAUAGAUUCUAGUCUAUUUGUGCUGUUUCUCUAUCUGUGUACAUAAAUACAAAAUCAUAUUAAAAUUAAUUUGAAAUAAUAAAA